AUGCCUGCUGUAACCAAUGCCCUCGCCAACCACAUCGCAAUCUCUGUCAGCGACGGAGAGGCUGCGGUGAAGUGGUAUAAGGAGGUGCUCGGGCUUCGCGAGAUUGUUCCAUUACAAACUGUAUCUGCGUCAGGUCCAGACAGGGGACCUACACUGAGGCAGAUCUAUGGCCCUGGGCUGGAAGAGAUGAAGCUCGCCAUCCUGUCGACAGGAAAUGGCGUCGGGAUCGAGAUCUUUGAAUUCACAAAUCCGCCGUACAAGGGCCCAAGCGAGCCCGUGAAAUUUGGCCCGGAUGUCUAUGCUAGAGGAGCGUUCUUCCACGUCUGUUUCACCGUGCCGGACGUAAAGGCGACGGCUGAGAUCGCUGUUAAACUGGGUGGACGAAUCUGUGGUGAGCCCUCACAGCCACUGAGUGGUAUAGACGUUGUGUACCUGCAGGACCCUUGGGGAAAUACUCUCGAAUUCCUGCCCUUGGGUUGGGAGCAGCUCUGGCUGGAGUUCCUCUCCCGGGCUCUGCAAAAGCAAAAAGGGGCCGAUGCUGAAGGAUCUAAAAUCCUCUGA